CUUAACUUCAAUAUUUAUAUUUAUUCACCCAAUCACAAACCAAUUGUGUUGCUCCACAGAAUGCUCAAAUCGGCGCUAUCUUGUUGUAAAGUGUACAUAUCCGAGACACGGAACAAGUCUGCUCUGGAGUCCAUCGAACGAGCUGCCAAACUAUUUCCCGAUGCCCCCAUUGUUAACAAGUUUGAAGAUCACACUUACAACAGAGUAGGAUACACACUCGUCUCCAAAUCCUCAGAUUCUUCUUCCAAGAAUGCAGCAGUUUUCUCAAUGGUCAAAGCAGCUUAUCAAUCCAUUGAUUUUGACCUGCAUAGUGGAAGUCAUCCUCGCCUGGGUGUUGUUGACCAUAUCUGCUUCCAUCCCUUAGCUUCAACAUCUCUAGACCAAGUUGCCAUCACUGCCAAAGAUCUUGCUAAGGACGUUGGUUCCAUACUCCAAGUUCCUACCUACACAUACGGAGCGGCUCAUAAAGAACAAAGAUCACUGGAUGCCAUCAGGAGGGAUCUCGGCUACUUCAAGCCAAAUGCAACUGGCCAUCAAUGGUCAGGUGGACUACAGUCAGCAGUUCUACCACUUGAACCAGAUGAAGGUCCAACCCAAGCGGUCAAAGCCAAGGGUGUAGCUGUCAUAGGAGCAACCAGAUGGGUUGAUAACUACAACAUCCCUGUGUUCUGCACCGACAUUGGUACGGUUCGCAGAAUUGCAAAGAGGGUAAGUGGAAGAGGUGGUGGACUUGCAUCUGUUCAGUCAAUGGCUCUGGUUCAUGAUAAUAAUGUUAUUGAGGUGGCUUGUAAUCUGCUUGAACCAAGUGUGGUUGGUGGUGAGCAAGUUCAGGGUUUGGUUGAACAACUAGGAACCGAGGCGGGUGUGAGCGUUGGGAAAGGGUAUUUCACUGAUCUUUCUCAGGAUCACAUAAUUCAAACUUACCUCAAGUUGACUUCUUCUUGACCAUUUUCAUGUCACUUAUAUGGUUUCUUCAUUCUUGAAUCUUCACAUUUAUGGACAUAAAUGUAUAACCAGUUUAUUUACACUGUAAAUUUAAACAAAAAGCAUUAUAUUCAUAA